AUGGCAUUGGUCAGCACCUUGGUCAGCACCUUGGUCAUGGCAUUGGUCACCACUCAGGUCAGCACCUUGGUCAGCACUUUGGUCACCACUUUGGUCAUGGCAUUGGUCACCACCUUGGUCACCACGUUGGUCAGCACCUUGGUCAACACUUUGGUCAACACCUUGGUCAUGGCAUUGGUCAGCACUUUGGUCACCACUUUGGUCAUGGCAUUGGUCACCACCUUGGUCAACACGUUGGUCAGCACCUUGGUCAGCACCUUGGUCAUGGCAUUGGUCACCACUCAGGUCAGCACCUUGGUCAGCACUUUGGUCACCACUUUGGUCAACACAUUGGUCAGGUGCUUGGUCAGCACAUUGGUCAUCACGUUGGUCACCACGUUGGUCAGCACAUUGGUCAACACUUCAGUUAACUACUACACAAUCACAUAUUACAACAAUUAA